GUUUCACUGUAAAAUGUAAUUAGGUUUCCCUUUUCUUUCUGUCUGACGUAUCAACAUUUUAGUAUGAUAUGCGAAAAUGGUCUGCUUGGGAACAUUGCACUUUGUACUCUAUGUGAACUUGUUUAGACUGGCAAAACACUAUGGUGAUACAUUACCAAAUACGACUCAAAUAAGAACUUCACAGACUUCGUUGAAAUUGGUUUAAGAACAAGUUGCCAAUGGACUACUGUAUUUCAUUGUUUGCUAUUACUCUGUACAGAGUGUUAAUAAAAUAAAAAUAACUUGACUUCCUGCAACAAAAGUUCAUCAUACCGCAUCUUACUGAGAAUGGGAACCGAAAGUGACCAGGCUGGAUGAGGCAGAGGGUAAUAAUGCAGGGGAGGGGCAGCUGUUAAUAUAAAUGACAGAACUGUCCUGCUUUUUUUUUUAAUUCUGUUUAGGUACUUGUCAACAUACACAUUUACAAAAUCGGACUCAGCAAUAUAAAGAUAUCAUGGAACUCACUAUAACACUUUUGAACGGGGACUCAGUACCCCUGACGGUUCCGCUACACACCACGGUGGGGUCUCUCAAGAGCCUAAUCCACCAAACAUUAGGAGUGGCGACGUCAACUCAAAGAUUGUCUGGUGUCAAUGGGAACAACAUCAGUCUCAACGAUGAUUCAAAAACAUUAAUCGACUAUGGUCUGAAUUCAGGAUCUAAAGUGAUGGUGCUGAUUACUAAUCCUAUCCAAGUGUUUCUAAAAAACGUCAACGGCCAGGUGCAUACGUACGAUGUGGUGCCGAAUGAGACUGUAACCCAGUUUAAAGCCAAGGUGGAAAACAAGGAGAAAGUCCCUGCCAACCAACAGAGGUUAAUUCACCAGGGUAGGCAGCUAGAAGAUGGCAAGAAACUGGAGGACUACGGCAUCGGAAAUCGCAGCACAAUCCAACUGUCGCUCCGUCUAAGGGGAGGCUGAAGAAACCCUGCAUCUAUAUGAAACACUAUGAUUACAUUGUUAUGCAUUCCAUAGACAAUUAGUGCACAAAGGUAAUCGCUUGAUGUUUUUUUUCAGUUGUAAAGAUUAAGCAUGGUUGAUGUAAACGUACGUUAAAAUUAUGAAUAUUUUUUUAAAUUAAUAAACAAGUUUACAUUCGUUUUAAUGGCUUCAAUUUAAAAAGGAAAGAUAAAGCAUUAGAUCGCAAAACAUGCAUAACCCAAUGUUUCUAGUUUAAACAGUUUAGACUUAACUACUCAUUUAAAUUGUUGUGUUGUUAGUUCAAAGGGAAAAUUACUUUUUCUUACUCAUCGUGGAAGGAAGAACGUCGUAUUCUGUUCUUUUGUCACUAUAAGGUGUCUUGCACCCGUUGGGGGUGAUGUUAAAGUAGGUUAUAAUAUGCUUAGAUACUAGGCUACAGUCAGUAUACCAAUGUAACUUUCCUCUAAUGUUAUGUGUCGUACAUCACUGUUUUGUUAUGAAUACUGUUAACAUAGAUUUUGAGCGUUAUAGUUUCUAUUGUUAUUUUUUAUCUUUAUGGAUGUUAAUGUUGUAUAACUUAAUAACUUACUUGAUUUACAUAAACACAUCACCAUCUGAUUUAUUCUAUAAAUGCCUUGCAUACUUUUACAACCUUUGUUUUCUACAGAAAUUAUCCUGAGGAUUUAGUGAAAAUUCCUGAAAUCUGUAAUAGUGCAAUAAAAGCUUUGAAAAUCAAUAAAAUAUUCAUUGAUUGACAUAUA